AUGGAAAAACAAAGAUUGACUAAGAUGUUGAAGGAUAUGGAAGUCUUUGUAAAUGAUGUCUUUAAUAAAAGUAAUUUAAACUAACUUGUAUCUGAUAGAAGUGGACCUGAGUUCAAUUAUAUAUAAGAUAACAUUCUUAAAACUAAAGUAGCUCUUGAAAAAGAAAAAUAAGAAGAGGAGUUGAAGAAAGGCAGGAUUAAGCAAAUAUCAAGAGGUAUUUUGAAAUUGCAAAUUGUAGAAAAGAAAAUUAAAAAUAGGAAGGCACUUGUAUUUGGAUUAAGAGCUUUUAGAUGGAAUACAAAGAGAGCUAGGAAAACAAAAUCAGCUGUUUAGAACGAAGUUGAUUAUAUUAGAAAGUAUAAAGAAUAACGGCGAAGAGGUAGGGAACUUAUCGAAUAAUCAGAAGAUCACAUGAGUGAAUUAGAGGAGGAUGAUUACUUUGAUGAUGAUCUUUAGGAUGGUGAUGACAUGUUUGGCUAACUUGGAAGGUAUAUGAGUACAAAGCCGUUAGAUUUUAGAUUAAACACAUUCCAUUCAAAAUUAUCAGAUGUCAAAACUUAAUUCUCUCUUAUGAACUAAAGAAUGUUGGAGAAAAAAAGAAUGAGCUAAACGGGUAGACCUGCAUAAUUAUAAUCUCUUAAAAUAUAAAACAUGUACUAAAGUGGGUUAACAAAUGUACUAUAAACCCCAAUCGUUUAAAGUUAUAAACUCAAUCAAAGUAUGUAAUCAUCCUUUAAGCACAAUUCUUUUACUAAAAAGCCCUUAUCAAGCAAUACCGAACACAGAAGUAAAAAUUCUUCUCAGAUCAAAUCUAAAAUUAUGAGCUCUAUUGAAAAAGCCAAAAAUUAUCGUAAAAAUACGGAUACCCCGAUAAAUAUAUAAAUAAACAUUGAAAAAUAAGUAAACAUUUUACCAGUCAUGAGAGAAUUUGAAAAGCCUUUGGACAUUAAAGCUAGUCAAUGGAAAAAAGAGCUUGAUGAUUUUUUAGAGAGAAGAAGCAGCAAGGUCAGUCCUAAUAAAGAAAAUAGGCAAAACUAUGAUAUUCAAAAUAGAAUAUCUGAAAUAUUAAAAUGA